CCCCACCCUUUAGCAGUCACCAGCCUGAUCAGUCAGCAGUGAUCACCAUCAAGGCCAGGUCCUCUACCAGCAAAAAGAUUACAGCUUGCAGGGGGCCUAGCUGGCUCAGUAGGUGCAGCAUUGGCUCUUGAUCUCAGGGUGCUGAGUUCAAGCCCCACCCUGGGUGUAGAGCUUACUUAAGGAAAAAAAAAAAUUACCAUUCACUAAAAAGCUCAGAUGAUUGUUAGCAUUUUUUUAGCAAUAUCUUAACUUUGUUUUAAGUUUUACUUAUUUAUUUUAAGAGAGAAUCCCAAGUAGGCUCCACACUGUCAGCACAGAGCUGGAGACAGAGCUAGAUCUCAUGAACUCUGAGAUCAUGACCUGAGCCGAAAUCAAGAGUCAGAUGCUUGACCAACUGAGCCAUACUGGUGCCCCAGGAAUAUUUUAAAUUUAAGGUAUGGACAUGAUUUUUUUAGACAUUUGCACACUUAAUAGGCGAUAGCAUAAUGUAAACAUAACUUUUACGGGCACUGGGAAACAAAAAUUCAUUUGAUUUGCCUCAUUGCGAUACUUUAUUGCAGUGGUCUGGAUCUGAACCAGCAAUAUGUCUGUUCGUACCAAAGAAGAUAGCUGUCUCCAUCCUGGACAUAGGAAGUUAGCUAGACCUGACCUUUUCUGAAUUGAGCCUCAGCUCAGAUCCACUUGUAAUUGAUGAUCAGAGACACUAGGAGAAUCAGGGUAGCAAACACUUACUGGCUGCUCUGUGCUGGGUGUAACACUAGAUGUGUUGCAUUCAUUAAGUCAUUUUCUGUUCACAACAACCCCUUGGUAAUGCCUCAUUUAAGAUGAACUGAGGUUUAGGUUGACAUUUGCUCAAGGCUCACGGUGAUGUGCACGUGCUGGCAUUACAAUGGCUCUGUCUGACCCCAGAGCCACUCUGCAAUGGCUCACACACCCUCACAACGCUGCCCCUCUGGACUUCUGUCAGGUAAGAACAGACAGAGGCCUUGAUGUGGUAUAGGAUCCAUUUCCCACAGAAAAACCAUCUGCUCGUGGACUGGAUACUCCUCCCUUCUAAGAAGCGGUGACAUUCCAAGAUGUGAUGAUGAUGAGUGUCAGGUUCUGUGCUUGGGACCAACUGUGAGACCAAGCUUACAGAGGGAGGCCGCAUUAAUAGAAACCUAGUAUCUCGAACAUGCAGAUCAAAACCUGCUCUAUUCUACCUAUCCAAAGUUAUAGAUUGGUUGCUAGCUGGCUUGCUAAAAGAGGGAGGUCCCCUUAACAAAAAAUAGAGUGGAAGAAUCAAAUACGUGAAAGGCCUGCACACAUGAAAGAUGUGCAACAGUAUGUGACUUAGUGGGUCACACUGAGACCCCUGGUGGAGGCCACAGGAGACGGAAGCCAGCAUGGCACACAGAUAAGUCUGCCCCACCACUGUCUCAGGAGAUGGAAAAUUCACUGGGACUCUGUGCAAGGAUCACCACUGCUAACGUUUCGAGGACACUUGCUCUGUGCCAGAUCCUGUGCCGAAUGGAUUACAAAAAGUAUCUCAAAUAAUGCUCACCCUGGAAAGUAGUUUCUUUUAUUAAAAAUUUUUAAUUUUUUUUCAAUAUUUAUUUUGAGAGAGAGAGAAAGCACGAGCUGGGGAGGGGCAGAGAGAGAGGGAGACACAGACUCCAAAGCAGGCCCCAGGCUCCAAGCUGUCAGCACAAAGCCCGACGUGGGACUUGAACUCAUGGACCAUGAGAUCAUAACCUGAGCCAAAGUCAGACGCUUAACCAACUCAACCACCCAGGCACCCUUCGAAAGUAGUUCCUUUUAACGUUGCCAUGUUUUUCAGUGAGGAGACUGUGGGUUUUGAGAGAUGGCUUGCCCAAGACUGAUCCACAGACUCUUUACCUCAUGGCACCUCUCCAGCACAGGCUAGAGAGCCACACGGGGCGGGGACAGGGGAAGUUGAGGAAGGGAUUCUAGGAUCAGAAGGGAAACUGUAUCAGAUGACUUUGAAGGACCCCCUUCCUGAUUUUUUCCUAAGGCAGAAUUCCUGUCACCUGCUCCAACAGGUCAGAGCCAGACAGAGGAUGGGGUGACUAGUAGGAGGUGAACAGAGCCAUAUUCCAACCCCAGUUUCCUGCCCCUGCCUUUCUGUGACUCCUUAGAAUGAGGCUUAGGAACCUUCAUCUCCCCUCCCCCCAACCACCACCCUUCAAAGAGCAGAAAAAGGAAAUGACCAGACUUGACAGUGCGGAGCUGUGGCCACAGGGUGGCAGCAGUGCCUCACUGCAGAGGAUGGCUCCAGAAGCCCAGGUGAGGCGGGUCCUAAGCAGCGCUCUCUAGUGUGAAGACAGGAUCAGUCUGCAGAGAUUUGAAGCAAUCCCCACUGUGUGGGCUCUGAAACCUUGUAGUCUCCUUCUGUAUCCCACUUUUCUGUCCACAGGCAAAUCUCAGAAUAGUGAUCCCAUUUUCAAUCCUCCCAAGAGCCAUGUAGGCAAGGGUGUGAAUGGUCUGGAUGACCCCAGCUGCAACCGCAGUCACGGCAAGGAUCGGGCUCCGUCAUUCUGGCUAAUUCUAACCCUGGCUCUUAGUUCCUCCCUCUGUCCCGGGACGUAAUGCCUAGCCCUUCUUUAGAAGACUUCCUCUAUGCUUUUAUUCUCUAAGGAAGGAAAGAGGAGGUGAUCAAUUGGCGCUCUCCAACCUAUUGAGAAAUCGGGGGUUCUUGAAGGCCCCCCAGGGCCUGGCUCUGACAAAACAUCUGCAAUUAAUGAUGCUUCUUGAGCUCUGGAGACAGGAUUUAUGUAUCUAAUAAAGUCUCUAACUCCAGGCUUAGGGGUUGGGGGCCGGAGGCUGGGAGCAGGAAGUCCCGGGGGUGCCAUGGGAGGGGGUCCCAGGCGGCUCCUCAUGGAGCCAUGCGUUUCCAUUGCCUGCUCUAGAUCCCCCCUCAGGCUGCUGUGGGGUGGGGGCCGGAGCACAGCAGGUAUAAGAGGCGGGUAUAGCCGCAGGAGGGCAGAUGGCAGGAUGGAUUCCAGGCGGGCAGCAGUGCUGCUGCUGGUGCUGCUGCUAACAGACUGGGGCUGUGCUGAAAGACCAGGGGGCCAAGACGAAGGACGGCAGAUCUUCGUGGAGGAAGACAGCAGGCCCCGCCCGCUGCAGGAGGCCCAGACCCCUGGGUCAUUCCUGCACUCCCUGCUCCAGGCCAUGCAGAGACACGGCCGAAGCUCAGCCUUUCGGUUUCAGCCCCAGAGGUUUGGCAGAAAUACCCGGGGCUCCUGGAGCAGCGAGCAGUUGGGUCCCCGAGCCGGGGAGGAGCUGAGCGCCCCGUUCUGGAGCCUGGCUGCCCCUCAGCGCUUUGGGAAGAAGUGACACAUCAUCCCUUGAUAUGUUUGCGUGCAAGGCUCACAACUGAAAGUGCUGCAUCUCCCUUACCCCCCCCCCACUCCCCCCCUACCCCCGAAAUAAAGCUGUCCAGCUUCUGAA